AUGACCGAUGGCGCUGUACAUUCUAAGUGUAAAAAUCCCCUUCUUGUGUGGCUAGAUGAUCGUGACUACUAUCUGACCGAACUCAUUCGGAUGGACGGCCGAGGUGACUACACCUCGGAUACUUGCUGCCAAUGCAACAUCUCUGCUCCUGCUCAGUUCCGAUGUGACGACUGUUGUGACAUGCAGCUAUAUUGUCAGAACUGCGUUGUCGUCAACCAUUUGUGGAGCCCCACUCACCGCAUCAAGGAGUGGACAGGCUCAUUUUUCCGGGCUACUUCACUCAAGAACCUUGGUCUGAUGAUCCAGUUGGGGCACGCAAUUGGUGAAAAGUGUAUUCUGCCUCACAAGGUAUAUAACAGCAGCUUCGUACUAAUUGACACCAAUGGAAUACACGAGGUGUCAGUUGACUUUUGUGGCUGUGAAAGAUCUCAGACGCAUACCAAGCAGCUCUUGCGCAUGGGCUGGUUCCCCUCAAUGUCUAUAGAUCCAAGGUCUGCGGCAACCUUCCGGCUCUUGCAGCACUAUCAGAUUCUCUCUUUUGAGUCCAAAUCCUCCGCGUAUGAAUUUUAUCACUCGCUGGUUCGUAUAUCUGACAACACUGGUGUGGUUAAGAAUGAUCGCUAUGAACCCUUCAUGUGUAUGGUUCGCGAGUGGCGGCACCUCAAGAUGUUGAAAUGGUUUGGUCGUGGCCAUGAUCCAGCUGGUGUGCGUGGUACCAAAGAGGGUGAAUGCGCUGUGCUCUGUCGAGCUUGCCCACAACCUGGCAAGAACCUGCCCUCUGACUGGAAAGAAGCACCGAAAGCCAAACAAUGGCUGUAUUCGUUAUUUAUAGCUAUUGAUGCCAAUUUCCACUUGAAACGACGAGCAAUUUCCAGCGAUGAAGCAGACCCAAGCCUCUCGAUGGGGUGGUCAUACUUCGUAGAAGAGAAGAAGUUCAAAGCCCACCUCAAGGAGCAAUUGUCCGAGACGCAGGAGAAAAGUUCUUGUUCAAAUCACAACACUGUUAAUAUGGCCGAGACGAAGCAAUUGCAGGGUCUUGCGGCUACUGGAGUAGGGACAGUCGACUGUGCACGACACAAUUUUAAGUGCCCAAAUGGUGUGGGGGACCUACAAAAAGGAGAAAAGUAUGUUAAUAUGGACUAUCUUUUCUUCUCCACCCUCCGCGACAAAUGUCUCGAUGCUCUGAAUGUGUCCUACGACAUCGCUUGUCAAUGGCACAAGAAUCUAUGGAGUCGCAUGAAGUCACUACCUGACUCGCACCACAUAUCCUACUUGGAUGUUUGUAUCCGCUUCUUCGUCCCGAAGUUCCAUCUCCCAGCGCACAUCAACAAAUGUCAAACCGUCUUCUCUUUCAAUUUCACACGCUUUGUGGGUCGCACAGACGGGGAGGCACCUGAACGGGGCUGGUCUAAUAUUAAUCCAGUUGCAUCAAGUACUAAGGCAAUGGGACCAGGCUGUCGUAGGGACACACUCGAUGAUCAUUUCAGGGACUGGAACUGGAAAAAAGUCAUCAGCUUAGGCACAUCUCUCGCUCACAAAAUGCAGGAGGCGGUAACGGAAACGGCCGAUCACGAGGCUGCAUUCCGGGAGUUCGAUGCUGCAAUUUCCUCUGACCAUAGGUCAGCGUGGACGGUUGAAAUGGAGAAAUGGGAGGAAAAUCCCAAUGAUACGUGUUUUACAAACCCCCUCGAGCACAAGUCAAUUCAAAUUACCCAAGCUGCGGCCCGUCUGAAACUUGCAGAGAUGGAGGCACAAGAACUUGCUCAUGGGAUUGACCUAUCCCUGCAUCCCGACAUCUCCCCGAGCGUUCUGAUCGCAUCAGGAUUAGAUCUCGAGGAGGAACAAAACGUACUGCGUCGUAAGAUCGAAAUGUGGAGAAGUGCGCAGGUCCUGUAUAUGCCUGCGGUACAGAUUCUCACUUCUACCGAUAUCAGCCUGUGGCUACCAUCUAAUCUGAAAAGCAAACCGUGUAAUUCCCCACUUCGUGAUCACGGAUGGGACUUGCGGUAUGCCCAGGCCCAUGAUUCACUCGAGGAGCUUCGACAAUGCCUUUGUGUGCACUGCUCUAUGCUCACCUUCAAACGCGAAUGGGUCCGUGGUCAAGGUUCUAACACCCGUGCUCAGAAUGCACUUGCUCGUGUGCACGCAUGGCAGGUGGCAUGUACGUGGAGAUAUAGGGUCGCCUGGGAGGCACUGAACAUAUUGGCGCCUUUGCUGAAGAAGGAGAGAUGGCAGGGACGGCUGCAAGACCUAAAGGACGAAGAUGUGAAGCCGUUAGUGGACCCGUUUGGCAGAGAGACUGAAGGUCGCCGUCGGCUCACAUGGAUCUGGAUGAUGGCGGGGGUGGAUACUGCUGAUGAUGGAGGUGACGUGGAUGGUGUUCGCGUGGAAUGGUGCAAGUCCCAAGCAAGAGCAAUGCGCUGGGCGGAGGAGGUACAGCUGUUACGUGAAGAGAUGCGAAGGGUCUUGCAGUUUUUAGAUUGGCAGGUGAAUUGGUGGGACGAGCAGUGGGACCAACACGACUGUGUGACGACAGCGGAACACGAGGGCUUGGUAUCAUAUGCCAACAAACAGGCAGACAUUCGACGUCAGCUCGCAGUGCGCUUUAGACUGCUGUGGGCCACUUACCUUCCCCUAUCAGGCGCUGUACCCCCACCAGAUGACUUCACGGAAUUCCCCGACCUCAUGCUGCCUGAUCUGUAG